UUCGAUUACCAGGAGCUGCUCCAUAACUCCAGCUUCUGCCUGGUGCCCCGCGGUCGCAGGCUGGGCUCCUUUCGCUUUCUCGAGGCCCUCCAGGUACGUGGAUUGACGUUUCUCCGACAAAAACCCUGUCCCUCCGAGGCUCUUGGAAACGGGUGCUAGUCGUCGGUACGGCAGCCGGGUUUGGAGCCUGUGAGUUGUGCAGACCCUGCAGUCUGCCAGGCCUGAUGCUUGGGUUAUUGGUAUUGACAACCUGUCAUCUUUUCAGAAACAGCUGCAGAAGAGUUCUGUACUACAGAUACAGAAGAAACCUAUUUUUAUCUCAACACCUCCCACUUUCAUUAACACCUGAUCUCCUCCUCCUCUCAGGCAUGUUUAUUUGGACUGACAGUAGCCAGUCCCACUGAGCCUCUAUAGAAGUAUCUUAGGAUUGUUUGUUACUUGGAACCAUCCCAUUGUGGAUGUGCAUGUGUCUCUAUAUCGACAGAGGAAGUUAUGGACAUCCAGAUACACUGAGGCCUGCAUGUCUAAAAAGUAAAGAAUGAAGGAAGUAGCCUAUAAUUUCUACCCCAUUUCUACGGGGGGUCAGUGCAGCAGUUAGGCAGACACUGUAGGUAACAAUUUAAAUUUAUGAAUAAUCAUCUCACAGAGUACCGACUGAGAGCUAGCUGGAAUUACGGCCCCCAAAUGGUGCGUUCUGUGCUGCCUUUUAAGUGUGAGGCAGUUGCAUUCCGCACCCAGAUUUCAGAGGGGACACUUUGAAAAAGGAACAUCAAAAGGCUUUUAGACAUGACACAGAUUGAGCUUUGAUAUUAUGAGGCAGCCCUCUCCCAUUUGUCCUCUCUACACGUCAGUGAGGCUCAAACAAGGGCUGUUAUGCCGAUGGGUGGAAGGAAAAGACUGGGGCUGGUGUGGCAGCAGACAAUGAUUUGUUUCCCUCCAACAGCAGAGGGGAGAGAGGGGAGGGGGAGAGGGGAGGAGAGGAGAAUGAAAGGAGGGGAGGGGGAGAGGGGAGGAGAGGAGAAUGAAAGGAGAGGAGGGGGGAAGAGGGGAGGAGAGUGGAAAGAAGAGGGAGAGGAGAGGGAGAUGAGAUGAGUGGGAAAGGAGAGGAGAGUGAUGAUGCCACGACACUGAGCCAAGCCAUGCAAAUCACUAAAGAGCAGAGGGGAUUUAAACACAGACAGGCCACCACCAAUCCUGGACUUGGCAUUUCUCACAAAGCCCCCCUAAGCCCCAAAUGAGUGUCAACUUUUAAUGAUGGAGAUCCAAGUCUCACUUGAAAUUUAAACAUGGUUUCAUGGUUCUGCACAGUUCAGUAUGCUGCCUUGGCUUUUAUUAUUUUAGUAUACAGUAUGUAUGAUCGAUGACUACAAAACACAUCAAAUUAGAUCCCUCUAAAUGCAGUGCCACUGUAUAGGAAAUUAAAAGGGAUUCUGAUGAAGUAGGUGAUAUGAAUGUAUCCGUAAGUGCUAACACACACAUUUAAACACAUGUUAUUCUCCCUAAAUAUGGUUGCCACUUCGGUUUUCUCACCUCUGAGCAUCCAUUAAAAGUUAAUCCUUUGUAAACUUACCUUGAUAAAGAAUUUGAUUCCCGUAAAAGCCUGGCUUUAAGUUUGUGAUAAGGAGGUUUGUGUUGCUAUGGUGUUUAUUUUAACGGAAUUGUGUAAACAGGUUUAAGGAGCAGGGUUGUAGGUGCCAGAGCACGGGGGAGAGGUGCUUCCUCACCUUUUACAUGGAGCUGGUAGAACUAUUUCUGGAAAAUGUAUUCUGAUAAAUUCAAAAUAAAUUAUAUUUAAUUACCACAAAAAUUCAAUGAAAAACAAUAGAAAGACAAACCAAAUAAAUAGCCUUUGUAUAGCAGCCUUGAGGUAGGUAAAUGGUGGUUUCUUCCCCGUCUUCUUUUUAGAAAUUUUAGCAAAUGUAUAAAAAAAAAUAGAUACCUUAUUUACAUAAGUAUUCAGACCCUUUGCAAUGAGAUUCGAAAUUGAGCUCAGGUGCAUCCUGUUUCCAUUGAUCAUUACAUUUACAUUUACAUAAUUUAGCAGACGCUCUUAUCCAGAGCGACUUACAAAUUGGUGCAUUCAACUGAUGAUAGCCAGUGGGACAACCACUUUUAUUUUUAUUUUUUUAUGGGGGGGGUGGGGGAGGGAGGGGUUGAAGCAUUACUUUUAUACUAUUCCAGUUAUUCCUUAAAGAGGUAGGGUUUCAAGUGUCUCCGGAAGGUGGUCAGUGACUCCGCUGUCCUGGCGUUGUGGGGGAGCUUGUUCCACCAUUGGGGUGCCAGAGCAGCGAAUAGCUUUGACUGGGCUGAGCGGGAACUGUGCUUUCGUAGAGGUAGGGGGAGCUAGCAGGCCAGAGGUGGAUGAACGUAGUGCCCUCGUUUGGGUGUAGGGUCUGAUCAGAGCCUGAAGGUAAGGAGGUGCCGUUCCCCUCACAGCUCCGUAGGCAAGCACCAUGGUCUGGUAGUAGAUGCGAGCCUCAACUGGAAGCCAGUGGAGUGUGCGGAGGAGCGGGGUGACAUGAGAGAACUUGGGAAGGUUGAACACCAGACAGGCUGCAGUGUUCUGGAUAACUUGUAGGGGUUUAAUGGCACAGGCAGGGAACCCAGCCAACAGCGAGUUGCAGUAAUCCAGACGGGAGAUGACAAGUGCCUGGAUUAGGACCUGUGCCGCUUUCUGUGUGAGGUACGGGUCGUACUCUGCGAAUGUUGUAGAGCAUGAACCUGCAGGAUCGGGUCACCGCUUUGACGUUAGCGGAGAACGACAGGGUGUUGUCCAGGGUCAAGCCAAGGUUCUUUGCACUCUGGUAGGAGGACACAAUGGAGUUGUCAACCGUGAUGGCGAGAUCAUGGAAUGGGCAGUCCUUCCCCGGGAGGAAGAGCAGCUCCGUCUUGCCGAGGUUCAGCUUGAGGUGAUGAUCCGACAUCCACACUAAUAUGUCUGCCAGACAUGCAGAGAUGCGAUUCGCCACCUGGUUAUCAGAAGGGGGAAAGGAGAAAAUUAAUUGUGUGUCAUCUGCGUAGCAAUGAUAGGAGAGACCAUGUGAGGAUAUGACAGAGCCAAGUGACUUGGUGUAUAGAGAGAAUAGGAGAGGGCCUAGAACUGAGCCCUGGGGGACACCAGUGGUGAGAGCACAUGGUGCGGAGACAGAUUCUCGCCACGCCACCUGGUAGGAGCGACCUGUCAGGUAGGACGCAAUCCAAGAGUGAGCUGCGCCGGAGAUGCCCAACUCGGAGAGGGUGGAGAGGAGGAUCUGAUGGUUCACAGUAUCAAAGGCAGCAGACAGGUCUAGAAGGAUAAGAGCGGAGGAGAGAGAGUUAGCUUUAGCAGUGCGGAGAGCCUCCGUGACACAGAGAAGAGCAGUCUCAGUUGAAUGACCAGUCUUGAAACCUGACUGGUUUGGAUCAAGAAGGUCAUUCUGAGAGAGAUAGCAGGAGAGUUGGCUAGAGACGGCACGCUCAAGAGUUUUGGAAAGAAAAGAAAGAAGGGAUACUGGUUUGUAGUUGUUGACAUCGGAGGGAUCGAGUGUAGGUUUUUUGAGGAGGGGUGCAACUCUCGCUCUCUUGAAGACGGAAGGGACAUGGCCAGCGGUCAAGGAUGAGUUGAUGAGCGAGGUGAGGUAAGGGAGAAGGUCUCCGGAAAUGGUCUGGAGAAGAGAGGAGGGGAUAGGGUCAAGCGGACAGGUUGUUGGGCGGCCGGCCGUCACAAGUCGCAAGAUUUCAUCUGGAGAGAGACGGGAGAAAGAAGUCAAAGCAUAGGGUAGGGCAGUGUGAGCAGGAACAGCGGUGUCAUUUGACUUAAUAAAUGAGGAUCAUUUAUCAUCCUUGAGAUGUUUCUACAACUUGAUUGGAGUCCACCUGUGGUAAAUUAAAUUGAUUGGACAUUAUUUGGAAAGGAACACACCUGUCUAUAUAAGGUCCCACAGUUGACAGUGCAUGUCAGAGCAAAAACUAAGCCAUGAGGUCGAAGGAAUUGUCCAUAGAGCUCCGAGACAGGAUUGUGUCGAGGCACAGAUCUGGGGAAGGGUACCAAAACAUUUCUGCAGUAUUGAAGGUCCCCAAGAACACAGUGGCCUCCAUCAUUCUUAAAUGAAAUAAGUUUGGAACCACCAAGACUCUUCCUAGAGCCGGCCACCCGGCCAAACUGAGCAAUCGGGGGAGGAAGGGCCUUCAGUCUUAAAUUAGACUAUAGUCUACAAAUAGCUAUAUACCACAUAGUCGUAGGCCUAUUAGGCUAUACUGAAAAUGAUUAUUGUUUGUUCCUGAACUGGCCGAAUGGCAUAGCUAUCCUUCAACACCACAAGUUGGUUCAACAUUGCACGAUCCUGGCGCUGUCCUUUCAGCAGCACGAAGGGCCCUCCAAUCACUUAAAAUAACACUCAAGAUCUGUUGCCUACGCCUAAUAGUCCUAAUCAUCACUUAUAAUUGUUGUUACAAAUAGAAGAUUAUCACUUACAGAACCGACAAUAGCAUAGCAUGGUAGGCCUAUAACAACAUUACUAUUACACCAAAAACACCUCAUUUCUAAUGAGAUUUUAGGAUGGUUAGCUGAAGCUGAAUAGUAAAAAAAAAAAUAUAUAUAUAUAUAUAUAUAUAUAAUGCGCCAAAACUCAACAGAGCGGGUAGGAUAUAUGCUUUAAUUGAAACAAUAUAGAAGAAAGGCUAAUCGUUUUAGCACCAUUGUCACGGAUUCUGCCGAGGCUGCCCCUCCUUGCUCGGGCAGGCUUCGGCGUUCGUCGUCACCGGAAUACUAGCUACUGCCGAUCUAUGUUCUAUGUUCUACCUGUUGUUGUCUGAUUGUCACACACCUGUUUCCCAUCGUGUAAUUACUCCUUCCCUAUUUAACCCGGUGGCUCCCAUUGUGUUUUGUGCGUGUUUGUUAUUUCGUUUCGUGUGUCAUUUGGUGAGCGGGUUUGCUCCUUCCUGUGUGGAGGUACUUUAUAUUUGUUUCUUUACUUGUUAGUAAAGUACGUUUUCAUUGAGUUCUGUGUCCUGCGCCUGACUUCGACCCACCGCAUUACACUGACACUCGUGACAACCAUCUACUCAAAUUCACUCACGAAACAGUAAUUCAAGAAGAUCUAAAUGCAUAUUCCGAUAAACCUGAUUGAUAUCAAAAAUACAUCUUGAGACAAUGUGUGUGGGUAUAGAAUUAUGUUAUAUAGAAUUACAGUGGGGGAAAAAAGUAUUUAGUCAGCCACCAAUUGUGCAAGUUCUCCCACUUAAAAAGAUGAGAGAGGCCUGUAAUUUUCAUCAUAGGUACACGUCAACUAUGACAGACAAAUGGAGAAAAAAAUAUCCAGAAAAUCACAUUGUAGGAUUUUGUAUGAAUAUAUUUGCAAAUUAUGGUGGAAAAUAAGUAUUUGGUCACCUACAAACAAGCAAGAUUUCUGGCUCUUCUGUCAAGCAAGAUUAAGAGGCUCCCCUGUCCUCCACUCGUUACCUGUAUUAAUGGCACCUGUUUGAACUUGUUAUCAGUAUAAAAGACACCUGUCCACAACCUCAAACAGUCACACUCCAAACUCCACUAUGGCCAAGACCAAAGAGCUGUCAAAGGACACCAGAAACAAAAUUGUAGACCUGCACCAGGCUGGGAAGACUGAAUCUGCAAUAGGUAAGCAGCUUGGUUUGAAGAAAUCAACUGUGGGAGCAAUUAUUAGGAAAUGGAAGACAUACAAGACCACUGAUAAUCUCCCUCGAUCUGGGGCUCCACGCAAGAUCUCACCCAGUGGGGUCAAAAUGAUCACAAGAACGGUGAGCAAAAAUCCCAGAACCACACGGGGGGACCUAGUGAAUGACCUGCAGAGAGCUGGGACCAAAGUAACAAAGCCUACCAUCAGUAACACACUACGCCGCCAGGGACUCAAAUCCUGCAGUGCCAGACGUGUCCCCCUGCUUAAGCCAGUACAUGUCCAGGCCCGUCUGCAGUUUGCUAGAGUGCAUUUGGAUGAUCCAGAAGAGGAUUGGGAGAAUGUCAUAUGGUCAGAUGAAACCAAAAUAUAACUGUUUGGUAAAAACUCAACUCGUCGUGUUUGGAGGACAAAGAAUGCUGAGUUGCAUCCAAAGAACACCAUACCUACUGUGAAGCAUGGGGGGGGGGAAACAUCAUGCUUUGGGGCUGUUUUUCUGCAAAGGGACCAGGAUGACUGAUCCGUGUAAAGGAAAGAAUGAAUGGGGCCAUGUAUUGUGAGAUUUUGAGUGAAAACCUCCUUCCAUCAGCAAGGGCAUUGAAGAUGAAACGUGGCUGGGUCUUUCAGCAUGACAAUGAUCCCAAACACACCGCCCGGGCAACGAAGGAGUGGCUUCGUAAGAAGCAUUUCAAGGUCCUGGAGUGGCCUAGCCAGUCUCCAGAUCUCAACCCCAUAGAAAAUCUUUGGAGGGAGUUGAAAGUCUGUGUUGCCCAGCGACAGCCCCAAAACAUCACUGCUCUAGAGGAGAUCUGCAUGGAGGAAUGGGCCAAAAUACCAGCAACAGUGUGUGAAAACCUUUGAAAACGUUUGACCUGUGUCAUUGCCAACAAAGGGUAUAUAACAAAGUAUUGAGAAACUUUUGUUAUUGACCAAAUACUUAUUUUCCACCAUAAUUUGCAAAUAAAUUCAUUAAAAAUCCUACAAUGUGAUUUUCUGGAAUUUUUUUUCCUCAUUUUGUCUGUCAUAGUUGACGUGUACCUAUGAUGAAAAUGACAGGCAUCUCUCAUCUUUUUAAGUGGGAGAACUUGCACAAUUGGUGGCUGACUAAAUACUUUUUUCCCCACUGUAUAUAUUCAAUAGGCUACAUCUGUCGGUACAAACUUUGAUUGAGGAAAAGAUGACGUCAUUUACAUUUUUUAUUUCGCGCUCCCUCACCUAAAGAACAUUGCACUACACCACUGUUAAGGAGUGAAACUAUUUCUCACUUCCAUUAUAAAGGUGCAGCUUUGAGGUAAACAACAAGUUUUUCUGAAUAUUAAAACAGGCUCAGUGAGUGAUGAACUAUGUUCAACAAACAAUGAAAACAGAACUUUAUCUAAAAAUAUAUCUAAUUACGCACCUAUUUGUUUGUGAUGCUAGUAACUCAUUCUCUGCACUAAUGAUAAGACCCAAUGGGUUCAACUAAAUAACGUUAUACAAUACGCUCUACUAUUGUGUGACUAACAUUCCACCUUUUACUCUGUAUGACAGGGCAUUCAAAUUAACCUGUUUGUAGACAUGACUACAAAGAAAUCUGCAUAUGCAUAUUCUAUUACCACUGACCCUCUCUGUGCUUCCUCCCCCUGGGCUACCGUCCUCCUCCCCCAGGCUGCCUGUAUCCCUGUCCUACUGAGCAACGGCUGGGAGCUGCCUUUCUCUGAGAUCAUCGACUGGAGCAAAGCAGCUGUCAUCGGGGAUGAGAGGCUCCUACUGCAGGUAACUACUGAUGGAGACAACCUCCCUAUGACACUUCUCUCUCUCACUCUCACUCUCUCUUUCUCAUGCUAUUAUACUGUACCUUAUGCUGUACCUUAUGCUAGAACACAAGUCAUUCACAACUCACAUUGGGCUCUAAAGUAGCCCUUAGUUACGACCACUGGGAUGGAUAACUUUUACCGCUCUCUCCAAAUGAAUAUAUUAAUACAUUUUUGCAAACAUACUACACUAACUUUUUGGGGGGUCAACAUUGUCCUAUCACAGCACUCCUGUUUGCUGUAAUAUUCUGUAACCUCAAACUACUCUCGUGUAUCACUCCGCAUUAGUCGCAGGUUGACGUUUAUUGGGGUGAGUCUUGUCCUUGAGGCAGAACUGAGCGAUUUCCCGCUAGUUGGGCCAGCUGCAAAGUAAAAAUUCAUGAUUUUUUUUUGUUGCUUUUUGGUUAUAAUUGAAGGUUGGGGUUAGCAGUGUGGUUAGGUUUAAAAUCUGAUUUUAGUGACAACUCUGCAGAGCUGCACAUUCCUACAGUUACCUUUUGUUAGCUUCAUCAACUAGCCAUUCUUCAACUUCACACACUAUACCAGGGUUCUUCAAUUCCGGUCCUGGAGGGCCGAAACACUUCUGUUUUUUAUUUCUACCUGGUAGUUAAUUGCACUCACCUGGUGUCCCAGGUCUGAAUUAGCCCCUGAUUAGAAGGAGAGGAUAAAAACAGAGGUGUUUCGGCCCUCCAGGACCGGAAUUGAAGAACCCUGCACUAUACCAAGUAUCCAGAAUUAAAGGAAGUGAUUCCUCAUCUUGCCAGUCACACCUACGGUUUCAGAGGGUCUUGUUUGCAAGGGGGUGUGAUGAAAUGCUAGUAUACCUGCACAUAUUAAUCCACCCCACCCCUGCACCCACCUGCCCGUCUCCCAUAUGUCUCCCAGAGCAAGGGCCCUGUAUCAAUAAACUAUCCCAUUAAUUAUGUCAUGAUGUUUAUAUUCUUUAAUUACUGAACUUAUUAGCAGCUGAUGUGGCGAAAAGGAAGAGGUUUGAUUUACGAUAGGCAAAAUGUCACCCAGAACAUGAAAGUAAAUGAGGAAAUGAUGUGUGCCGAGAUACGACAGGAUUUCACUCGAAGGUGUCAUUCCCCUUCUUGUCUCAGCUCCACCCCCCACUUAUGAAAUCAGCGCAAUUAUUAGAGGAGCUGCCUGCUGCCGUUGACCUGGGAACGACCUAUGGUUCUAUUGAAACCCGACACAUUUAUUUGAUCUCAGACUAC